UGAUAUAUUUAUAGGAACAAACAGCCGAGGUGGCGGUCUGGCGAUUCGUUGCCGGCUUCUCAUCUUUUGCUCCCAUUUAGAUAGCGUUGGCCCUUAUUUGAAUAACACACUCCGCUCGGCUCACAGCACCCUGGCAAGCCUGAAAAUGAAGGAAACUCCGCACCUGGCUCAAGGUACUCCGCACCCAUACUUGGAGAACGAUGCUUUGCGGAUUUACAACAUGCGUUUCUGCCCCUACGCUGAGAGGAGUCUGCUCGUCGGCUCGGCCAAGGGCAUCAAGUUUGAAGUGGUCAACGUCAAUUUGGUCGAUAAGCCCGACUGGUUCGUGGCAAUGAACCCUCCAGGGCUGGUCCCCACCCUGGAAUGGGGCGACGGCCGCGUCCUGGGAGAGUCCCUGAUUGUGUCCGAAUACCUGGACGAGAUCGGCGACGCCUCCCGGCCCCUGCAGUCCAGCGACCCUUUCCAGAAGGCCAAGGACAAGCUGCUCGCCGAUAAAUUCAGUCAGGUUAUCAGCGCGCUCUUUAAAAUCAUGCUGAAUUAUCACAAGCCGGAACUGGACCUGAGCCCUUUCGACGACAUGCUGAGGUACCUGGACAAUUAUGAAAAGGAAUUGAAAAAUCGCCCGACCCAGUUCUUCAACGGAGACAAACCCGGAUACGUGGACUACAUGAUUUGGCCCUGGUUCGAACGCUUUGAACUCCUGGGCGUUUUGGUUGGAGAAAAAGUGAAAUUCCCGAAAGCGCGUUACCCUAGACUUACCGAGUGGACACGUGCAAUGCUGGAAGAUGACGCUGUGAAAACUUGGUACCUGCCUGUGGAGGUGCAUGAGCAGUACAUGCGCAGCCGUUUUUCCGGCGGCGCCACUGAUUACGAUUUCCUAGUCAGGCAGCAGGAAGUCAAAACCUCUAAUCUUUGAAUUGAAAAAACUGUUAUUAUAUUGGCCAACGCAAUAGUGAUAUAUUUUUGAUACAAAUUUUCUCUUGGUAAUGAAAAAUUCAGUUCAAAAUAAAGUGAAAUUUAAACUA